AUGUCUUUGUUGAUGCCUCCAUAUGCCUUGCCCAUGAUGGACUGGAGAACCGGAGACUUAGACCACACAACGGAAAUCCUCCUCUUCCCGCUCUACCUUCUACAUCUUCUUCGGCUGCUCGACAUGAAUGGAAUGGCACGUGGAGACGACCAAAAAACUGGGAUAAUAAGCAGCGCAAUCCGGAAAUCAGACAACCUGGACGAAAUCGACUGGGAACGGGUCGGACACAACACGAGCAGCGUAGGAUCCGAUUUCUUCGGGUAA